GAGAAAGGGAAAAAGAGAAGGAGAACGCAUCAACUGUGCACUUAUCUACAGUUAUACAGUGUUGUGUAUAAAAUUAAAAGUUAUAUUUAUAUGUGUAAACUCUAUACAUUAGUAUAGAGUAUAUUUAUGUGAAUCGUCUGACAAAGUUCAUUAUUCUUAAACAAAUGCGAAGAUGGGUAAAUCCAGAAAAGAAUAUCUGGGAAAUAUUCGGCCAAAGGAACGUGAGGAAAAAUAAAAAACUGGAGGAGUAAAUCCGAAAAAAAUUGCGAAUAAUUCAACUCAACUCAGCAGGGAUUUUUGGACACGUUCAGCGAGCACAAUUCUCUCACAAACAUCAACGGCCGACCAAACUACUGCUUUACCAAAUCUAGCUGUCAGUCGUACUACUUUACAAUUGUCAUUGUUGAAGUGAACUGGGUAUUGCUAGUCAAGAUAUUGGGGGAUAUAAGUUCUGCAGAAUGUCUAUUUGACAAUGGACAAACAGUGAUUUCGGUUGUCGAAUACAUGUGGACACGUCUUAGCCCAGUCAAUAAAUGGAAAAUGAUGGCCGGAAAGCUGCCAGGGUGGAAAGUUGAUAUUUAUGGUAAUUCGACGACGCCGAAUCGAAUGGUGCUAAUUUUUUUGCAAUUGGAUGGCGCGACUCCGAGAAAAAGGGUAAAAAAGGUCAUGUUCGGGGACGCGGACAAGAAGGUAUGCGGCAUAUGCGAUGAUGCACUGGAGUGUGCUACGUUAAAAGUCGUCUCCGUUAGAGAAAGGGAUCUGAGGUCAUUUAUUACGAAAAGCAAAAAAAUUAGCGAUAGAAAAUGGAAGAUUUGGAGCAGACAUACCUCGGUUCUCGUGCAUACCGCGUGCCGUGUAUGGUACUCAAAGGCAACAAUCAAAAAUGUGGCCGCAAAAGCAGCAAAACUGAAAGCUUUAUCGACAUCUUCUGCUGAAACAUCUAGUACGUCAGCGAGGAUUUCUGAAUCGCCGCUCACGAAAAAUAAAUUCAAUUUCCGUGACUUGUGCUUAAUAUGCGCAAAGCCAUGGAAGGAAAAGAACAAGCAAGGCUCCGUGAUACAUAACGACUAUAUGAAGUUGCUGUGGGCGCACGAUAUCACAACAAAUGUUACGUGCUGUUUUUGCUAAUCCGACACGUCGGAUCGUCCUUCAAGAGCAAAAGAAAUAAAUUCUGACUUUCAACUCAUUGCUGAGUACAUAAAAUAUUCGCAAAAAGGAAAAUUCACAGUGGAUGAAUUACUGUAUCUUAAUGGUAGCAG